AUGAACUCUUCCUGGGAAGGAAACAAUACUAACCGACCAUUCUGUCUUUUGGGAUUCAGUUACUACGAAACAGUUAACAUUUGUCUCCUGGAAGUAAUCAUCAUUGUUUUUCUCACUGUGUUAAUCAUUUCAGGUAACCUUAUUGUUAUAUUGGUAUUUCAUUGUGCACCUCUUUUGAAUCAUCAUACUACAAGUUAUUUCAUUCAGACCAUGGCGUAUGCUGAUCUUUUUGUUGGAAUCAGUUGCUUGGUUCCUUCUUUGUCCCUUCUACACUAUCCGACAGGUUCCCACGAAUCUUUAACGUGCAAAUUUUUUGGAUAUAUUGUGUCCGUCUUGAAAAGCAUCUCGAUGACCUCUCUGGCCUGCAUCAGCGUUGAUCGAUACAUUGCAAUUACCAAACCACUAUCUUACAGUCAGCUGGUCACACCAUGGAGGUUGCGUGUUUGCAUUAUAAUAAUCUGGCUGUACUCCUGCAUUGUAUUCCUCCCUUCUUUUUUUGGCUGGGGGAAGCCGGGCUAUCAUGGAGACAUUUUUGAAUGGUGUGCUAAUUCCUGGGAAACGAACGUUUACUUUGCAGGAUUUAUCGUGGUUUUACUGUAUGCUCCUGCUGCUUUUGUAGUCUGUUUUACCUAUUUCAACAUAUUCAGAAUAUGCCAACACCACACUAAGGAAAUCAGUGAAAGACGUGCUCGGUUUAAUACACAAGAAGAGGCAUCAACAGAAAAUCCACCUAGUUCUGAGAAACAUUAUGCUAUGGUUUUGUUUCGAAUCACCAGUGUGUUUUACGUCCUUUGGCUUCCGUACAUCAUUUAUUUCCUCCUUGAAAGCGCUCACAUUUAUGAUAGUCCAGAAAUAUCUUUUCUGACCACCUGGCUUGCCAUUAGCAAUAGCUUCUGUAACUGUGUUAUUUACAGCCUCUCCAACAGCGCCUUUCGUAAGGGCCUCAAACGCCUCUCAGGUGCUGUCUGUGCUUCGUGUAUCUGUACAAAGGAACUAAAAUGUAUGGCGAGCCAUACCUUUUCAGUCUCCCAUUUGAUAAUUCCAUGA